GCCAACAUGGGCCGCGUUCACACCCAAACCAUGAAGAAGGCAGUCCGGGUCAUCAUAGAAAAGUACUACACGUGCCUGGGCAACGACUGCCACACGGACAAGCACGUGUGUGAGGAGAUCACCAUUAUCCCCAGCAAGAAGCUCCACAACAAGAUAGCAGGCUAUGUCACGCAUCUGAUGAAGUGGAUUCGGAGGGACGCAGUAAGAGGUAUCUCCAUCAAGCUGCAGGAGGAGGAGGGAGAAAAAAGAGACAAUCAUGUUCCCGAGGUCUCAGCCCUGGAUCAGGAGAUCAUUGAAGUAGAUUCUGAUGCUAAGAAAAUGCUUUUGGACUCCAGCAUUUGGCAGUCUGUCCAACCUGCAGGUCAGUCAGCCUACAGGUGA